AUGUAUCUCCACGUCCCUCUCCUCCUCUUCCUGCUCGCCAACGUCGUCCCAUCCAAUGCUAACGUCUUCACUCGCGGGUCCGAGUCCAUCACACGCGCUGCGAAACGCGCUCGCCACAACACGAUCAAGCGGAGCUCUGGCUUGAUCCGCGACCUGCGCCUCGCCUACUCUGGCACACUUGUCGAUCAGCAGGCCGACAGUCCAGGUAAAUACUACUGCGUCAAGGUCGACACGGACGAGACGAGCUCGACGAAUGGUACUAGAAGCGGGUCUUCGUCGGUUGCAUCCCUGGGCGCAAAGCCGUCCGCCACAGCGACAUCAUCGAGCGCUCCGGCGGCGUCUUCCAGCGCCGUGGCCUCUUCGCCCUGGAAACUCAAGCAAAGCUACGAGGGAAAUUCGUUCUUUGCCGGAUGGUCCUUCUUUACCGACACGGAUCCGACCGGAGGGACGGUGGACUAUAUAGACGGGAGCGCAGCAGAAUCCGCCAACCUGACCGGCAUCAACAGCGCGGGCAACGCAUACCUGAAAGUUGACACUACCCCGGUGAUUACCUCAGGGUACCGUCGCAGUGUUCGCAUCACGACCGACUUCACGUACACCGGCGCGCUCAUUGUCCUCGACGCCGUCCACAUGCCCACUGGCUGUGGCACCUGGCCCGCGUUCUGGUCGAAUGGUCCGAACUGGCCCGACGGUGGUGAGAUCGACAUCGUCGAGGGCGUGAACGACUACACGAACGACCAGGUCACGCUGCACACGAACACGGGAUGCUCGCUCCCCACAUCCAACGCAACCGUGCUCGCCAUCGCGGGCGACAUUGUUGGGUCGACGGACUGCUCCGUCUCGGGCACGGGCGACGCGGGCUGCGGCAUCCGCGCGUCCCAGACGAACUCGUUCGGCGCGGCGUUCAACGAUAUCGGCGGUGGCGUCUACACGAUGCAAUGGGAUGACACCGGCGUAUCGGUGUGGUACUUCACGCGCAGCACGAUCCCCGCCGACAUUUCUGCAGGCGCACCCCAGCCUUCCGGCUGGGGCAUGCCGAUCGCCAACUUCCCCGCGUCGUCGUGUAACCCGUCUCAGUUUUUCUAUGACCAUUCAGCGAUCUUCGACACGACGCUCUGCGGCGCGUGGGCGGGCGACGGCUGGACGGCGUCAGGAAUACCUGGCCAGGAGCAGAGUUGUGCCCAGCGGACGAACACUGCGACCUGUGCGGAGUUUGUUGCGAACAACGGUGCCGCAUUCGAGCAGGCUUAUUGGGAGGUAAAGAGCGUGAAGAUCUACCAGACGAGCUAA